AUGGGAAUAAAUUUGGGGGAUGAAUUCCCUGAUUUUGAGGCUGACACAACCAAUGGUAAAAUAUCUUUUCACGAUUGGAUUAAUGAUUCAUGGUGCAUUUUUUUCUCUCAUCCUAACGAUUUCACGCCGGUAUGCACAACAGAGCUUGCCAGAGUAACUGAAUUAAUGCCUGAAUUCCAGGAAAGAAAAGUUAAAGUUAUAGCUCUGUCAUGUAAUUCAAUUGAAUCACAUGUUGAAUGGAUUAAAGACAUAUUAAGUUGCUCUAGUUUUUCAGAAGGUAAAUUUCCCUACCCCAUCAUAUCAGAUCCUAACAGGGAAUUAGCUGUUAAAUUAGGAAUGUUAGACCCUGAUGAAAAAGACAGUUCAGGUCUUCCAUUGACUUGCAGAGCAGUUUUUAUUAUUGAUCCCAAAAAGAAAUUAAGACUUUCCAUUCUUUAUCCAGCUACAACAGGACGCAAUUUCAAAGAAGUUUUAAGAGUGAUUGAUUCACUUAUGUUAACUGAUAAUAAUAAAGUUGCCACUCCUGUCGAUUGGAAGAAUGGAGAUGAUUGCAUGAUUCUUCCAUCGAUUCCUCAAAAAGAUGUAUCAAAAUUAUUUCCCAAAGGUUGUAAAAUAAUUCAAGUGCCUUCAAAAAAAGAAUACAUGCGAAUCACACCGCAGCCGUAG